AUACUUCUUCUUUUUUUUUACCAACUUAAUUCACUUUAUUUUUCUUGUAUAAAAACCCUUAUGUGGUCACCAAAGUUGGAGCCUGGGUCCUCUGAACAGAGACUCUGGUGUGGGCUUUCACAAGAUGGUCAGUGAGUUCCUGAUAAGGAGACUUGGUGAACACAGUCUCUUUCCAGAGGUCUGUGGUCAGUUAGCUGUAGGUCUUGGAGAUGGCACAAAAGGUGGUCUUGACAAAGUUGCCCAGGGUGGCAGUGCAGCCCCUGGCUGAUGUGUAGCAUAAUCAAUACCAGCCAUCAUCAGUAGCUUCUUGAGCCCUGGAGCAGAGAUGAUGCCAGUGCCUCUGAGGACAGAGAUGAGAAGCACCAACACAGAGUCACAGCAGCCUGUCACCUUCCGUGGAACAGCGUGGGGCCUGCCAAUCUUGCUUCUCCAGUAGCCUUUCCGCACAGGGUCAAUGGGAAGCUUGCCAAGAUGACGACUCCUCCUAUGGCAGUGGCUACCUCCUUGGAACACUUAAUACCCAGACCAACAUGACCAUUGUAUGUAGUCCUCAAUAGCGACCAGCCUUAUUGGGCAGGGAGAACAGGUAGAGCCCCUCCAGGGACUUGAUCUUCUUGUCCUUAACCAGGUGGCCCAGCUUGGUGACAGGGAUCCAUUCCUUGUCUUCAGCUUUACCUUCACAAGCCCCGAGACUUCGACCUUGCCGAGACUUUGACCUUGCGGCCAGCCUUAGCCCCUGAGACGGCUGCUGAAGUCGCUACAAAAGCCCACCGUGUCCUCCUAAUCCUGGGCCCCCAGGGUAUGUUGACAUUCGGGGAUGUAGCUGUGGACUUCCCCCAGGAGGAGUGGGAAUGCCUGGACUCUGCUCAGAGGGCUUUGUACAUUGAUGUGAUGUUGGAGAAUUACAGCAACCUCCUCUCUGUGGAAAACUAUUGCAAGUGUGAUCCUGUCCAUCACCAUGUGAAGACUGAAAAGGAGUCUUGUCAGUAUAAUGACCUUGACAAAGUGCUUCAUGACCCCUCCACAUGUGCACUUCAUAGAACAAGUGAAACUACAGAAAACUCUAAUAACUACACAUGCAGUAGUCACAGGGAUGCCUCUGUUGACUCAUCAAACCCAGACAGACAUGAAAGCGUGCACACUGGAGAAGAACCUUGCCAAUCUAAAGACUGUGAGAAAUCUGUAAAUUUGUGUUCCAACAUUACUCAAGAUCACAGAGUGUACACUGCAAAGAAAGAGCACAGGCAGGGAGAAUAUGAUGACUCUUUCAGCUCUGCAUACAGGCUUUUGCAACAACCAAUCUACAUUGGGGAGACACCACACCGGUGUGAAAAAUGUGGGAAAUGUUACAGUACUGCCUCAUGCCUCACUGUACAUGAGAGAAUACAUAUGGGAAUUAAACCUUACAAGUGCAAUGAUUGUGGAAAAUCUUUUACCCAGUGGUCCAGUCUUAAAACACAUCAAAGACUUCACACUGGGGAGAAACCUUACAAAUGCAAAGAAUGUGGAAAAUCAUUUCCUCAGUUGUCAGCAUUUAAUAGCCAUCAGAAGUUGCAUACUGGAGAGAAACCUUACAAAUGUAAGGAAUGUGACAAAUCCUUUGCCCACUAUUCCAAUUUCAGGAGGCAUCAGAAAAUGCAUACUGCUGGGAGACACUAUAGAUGUCAAGAAUGUGGCAAGGUCUUCCAUCAGCUUUCACACUUUAAAAGCCAUUACAGACUCCAUACUGGGGAGAAGCUUUACAAGUGCAAUGACUGUGACAGAUCCUUUCCUCACUAUUCAUCAUUGAGUAGGCAUAGGAAAACUCAUUCUCUGGAGAACGUUCAUAAAUGCAAAGAAUGUGGUAAGUCCUUUCUUGAAUUGUCACAUCUCAACAGACAUUACAGAAUCCAUGGUGGUAAAAAGCCUUACAAAUGUGAGGUAUGUGACAAAUCCUUUACCUGGAACUCAACACUUAGAACACAUCAGAAAAUUCAUACUGGGGAGAAACCUUACAAAUGUAAGGAAUGUGACAAAUCCUUUACCAAACGCUCAGAUCUUAGAAGACAUCAGAGUGUUCACACUGGAGAGAAACUUUACAGGUGUAAGGAAUGUGACAAGUCUUAUACUAGCUGCUCAUAUCUUAGAGCACAUCAGAAAAUUCAUACUGGAGAGAAACUUCACAAAUGCAAACAGUGUGACAUAUCCUAUAUUCAUAUUGCAAGUCUUAGAAGACAUCAGAGAGUUCAUACUGGAGAGAGACCUUACAGUUGUAAGGAAUGUGACAAAUCCUUUACCAGUUGCUCAAAUCUUAGUAGACAUCAGAGUGUUCACACUGGGGAAAAACCUUACAAAUGUAUGGAAUGUGACAAGUCAUUUACACAGGACUCACAUCUUAGAACACAUCAGAGAGUUCAUACUGGAGAGAGACCUUACCGUUGUCAGGAAUGUGACAAAUCUUUUGUCCACUCUUCUGGUUUAAGGAGACAUCAGAAAAUCCAUAAUGGAGAGAAACCAUACAAAUGCAAAGACUGACGUAUUCAACUUAUUGUUGAAAUAAUGUGACAUAGAAUUUUCUGGUUCUCUCUGCCUACAAAGCACAACAGUAUAUAACAUAGAAACAUAAAGAUAAGAAACUUGUAAAAGGCUUUAAUGAAAUUUUAAAUAUUAAAAAAUAUCCUAGAGUUUAUAUUAUAAUAAAAUUCUGCAGAUGUAACAGUGGAAAA